UAAUAAAAUUAUAUAGGAGUACUUUCUUUAGUUACUGCAAAUGAAUAAAAUUUUCUCCUGAAAUCGGAUUAAAGUAAUGUUUAAGAAAGAUAAAUCAAAGAAUAAGUGUCAAUUGUGUUAUUAAAAAGGAAAAAUGGCUACUCUAGGAGGCUCCUCAUGGGAAGAGCUUCGUAAACAAGCUCGGACACUAGAAAAUGACAUAGACAUGAAGCUAGUGGCAUUUAGCAAACUGGGCAUCAGUCCGGUGACAUCAAGUCUCAGCUCCGAGUCGAUGCCACUAAUAAACAGCGAGGACAUGUUCGACACCAUGUCAAUGGAACUGCAACAGUUGUUGAAUAAGCUAUCAUCAAUAAACGACAAAAUGGGUGAAAUAGCCCCAAACAGCACGGCGACAAUGCACACUAUCAAGAGGCAUAGGGAAAUACUUAUGGACUACCAACAAGAGUUCUCCAAAACCUCAGCGCGAGUGAGCGCGAGGCGAGAACGUGAAGAAUUACUGCGAGGCUCGAAAUUACUGCGAGGCUCGAGUCCGCCUCCCACCGCCGGCCUCAGCCGCCGCGACCAGUACACCAAGGAGGCCAACCAUCUGCACAGUUCUCACAUACUAGUUGACGAGCAGAUCAACAUAGCGAUGGAGGCGCGGGAGCACCUCACCUCACAGCGGCAGACCUUCAAGAGGAUGCAGACCAGGUUCAACGACAUCACCAACAGGUUCCCAAUGCUGAACAGCCUAAUAUACCGGAUAAACGCACGGAAGCGGCGCGACUCCCUCAUAGUAGGCAUCGUGGUCGCGGUCUGCACAUUCUUGAUGCUUCUCUACGCUUUCCACUGAUUGCACUGUCUAUAGGCAGUGUUAUCUAGGGCCACGCUACACUAGCGUCUUUUGAGUGUCGGCGUCUAGACAACUCUAUGGCUCUAAGAGAGAUGCAACACUAUAGUCUGUAUCUUUAGGUUAUUUAAAAAAGAGUAAACAAAAUACCGGGUGUGGCCUGUAACAUGAGCAAAUAAUUUAAACAUAGAUUGUACUCCUUAAACGGUGACACUUUUGUUCGACAACUUUUAAAAAUUAUGUAGUAUUUACUACAUAAUUUUUACACUUGUAGUACUUCCUGUUUUUCAUACAAAAUAAAUAUUAUCUUUAAUGGACGCCAUCGCCACGCCAUAUCAUAGUGAUUGACGUUGUUUGUCACGCCUUAAACAUAACAAAAUUCGCAAUACAUUGCGUCUUAGAAUAAACUUUAAAGUGUAUUAAAAAUCAAACCACAAGUUAUUUUUAAAAGUCGCUGAACAAAUGUUGAUCAGUAUGAGGAGUACAGCCUACAGUUAAAUUUUUUGCUCAUAUUACGGGCCACACCCGGUAUAUCAAGCUUAAGAAGCCAUUUGAUGGUAAAUGAAAACAUUACAUGAUCAAAUAAUGUAGGUUAAAGUCAGGUCGUUUAGUGACAGAACCAGGUUUUGUAAGUAUUUGGUUGGUUAAUCGAUAAAUGUUUAUAACUACCCGAAAAUGUACCAAUUAUUUGUUUACUUUUAUUUAAGUACCUAAAGAUGCAGAGUAUAGCCUCUUUUGAGCGUCGGCGUUUAGUCAGCGCUAAAAGUGGUGUCGCUGCACAGUUGCGCCAACGUUGCGUCGUGCAGUAGCCAUAGAAUUGACUAAACGCUAACGCUCAGAAGACGCUAGUUUACUCCUACACUUAAAGGACAAUUUCUUCUUCCCUUGACUGCACUCUCUUCUACAGUUUACCGGAAAAACAUUCGUUCAACCUCGUAACGUCUGCCUUGUUGUAGUUGAAAUCAAUCUUGAUCUGAUUGAUACUUUAGCUAUGCCAAUAAGAGAGUGCUGCCCCCUACAGUUCAUGCAACCUUAACUUGACACUGUAUAAAUUGGGGGCUCCUGCCGGCUUAGCACAGGAGUGCCGCGACAGUAUCUCGCCCGCGAGAUGACUACCUGUCCCUCUCUAGUUAAUACAGUUAGUAAAAGACUCUAGUGCUGCCCCCUACAAGUUCUACACAAGACACGUUCGUAUGAUCGUACGUCUCCGUCAAAAUACGAUGGAAAAUAAAUAUGCACUGCACUUGUACAUGCAUUUAUAUUAUAGUUGGGAAAAAGGUGUAACUGGUUGCAUACAAUACAAUUGUUAAUGCGUCAAUUUUCCUUAAACAUUUAUAUUUAAUUUUAAUUUUAACUAAACAAUCUUGCACACACUUUUAAAAAUAUACGACACACAGAUAUGCCAAUCCAACUGUAAAGAUAAAUACCUUUUAGAGCGCAUUAUGUUUGUUAUAAUUGUUUGGCAUAAAAUUAAUUUGUCAUAUUAGUUCGAGUAACAUUUACUUAAAAAUUAAUUAUUUAAAUUAUUAUAUUAAUAACUUUCCUACUAUCUUAUAUUAGGUACCUAUCAGAAAAAAAGGACAGUUUGCCAAACAAAUCGCAAUAAACCUAGCGUUUAGAAUGAAUACAAUUAUUGGAUCAAAAAAUUAGCUCAAACAAAUGGCAUCACUUUUGUAGUAGUGCAUUUAACAAAAAUUAGAAACCCUUGGUGGUAAACAAUAAUCCGCUUACGUCGAGUCUGAAGCUAUAAUGUUGUGAUGUUGGACAGCGACACUAAAAACUGAUUUUAAUUUUAACAAAUUAUCGGUCGCAUCCGGCCCGAUCGGCCGCCCACAUGGCCUGCUGGUAAAGUCAAUUAAAACUUAUGAAGAAUUAUCCUCCUAAGACCCAAGACAGGUAGGACACCUGUAGUACUUGUUCAGUUCAAUGAAAUUUAAAUCAUAUUCGAUUGGAUCAGAGUUGCUUUUGCUUUGUUUCGUUCAGUUUUUGAACAACGCAAAAUCAACUCUAUAUCCUUCAUUGUAGGUUCAAAUUUCUGUAGCAAAUUUUGCAUUUUUCAUUUGUAUGUCUGGGCCUUAGGAGGUUAAAGUGGCUUGCUCAUAGACCUAGUAUUACAUAGAUGAGCUAUACGCGUGCCUCCGUGAGGGACAAAACAUACGCAAGCGACAAUAUUAAAAACACGUUUUAACAUUCCUGACAACAUACCAAAAAGAAUCUACGUAAUUCGGUCGGGUUAUUUGUUGCCCACCAUAAACCAUACAAAAUUUUUGGUGGGGACCAAACAAAAAGUGAGACUGACAAGGACAAGCAAUAAUACCGCUUUCUCUGCUACUCCUACUGAAAUUUUCAUAAGUGCAUUUCGUUCGGUCAUCUCUAUAUUAUUGUACCUCUAUGGGCAUGCGGCACUGGAACUUUCAAGAUACGGCGUACAGUCAAGGUAUUAAGUGUCGACACGGACAAAGUGCCAAAAUAUUGAAAACAUGACAGUGGGUAGUGGCAGGUCACACUUUGUCGCUGCAGGCUUGAUUUAGGCGGACUCUAGUUAAAUAAUUGACUCGUUUACCUCUUAAUUUGACUUCAAUUCUGUGAUAUCUCCAAGACAAUUUUAGAAAAGUGCAAUUUGGAGGAACUCUUACCAUAAAAAUUAUCUAUCCAAUUGUUAUAAUAAUAAACAGUUAUAUGGUCUACGUGUUGGAAUAAUUUAAUGUAUUACCUACAUGUUUAACCUUUUGAACGCUUUACGUCAAACAAAAACGUCACUAAGGCCAAGGUAACGGACGCAAGCGAGCUAAUGUAAACCUUACUUGAAAGUGUGAAGGUUACUUUGACAGCGUACGUCAUAACACUUAUGAGCCCUUCAACGUGCACACUAGCGCCACAGCUAAAUAAUCGUGAUUAUUUAUAUUUAACGGAAGAUAUUGAAAAAAGGGGGCCGCUUCGGACUGUAUUGUGUAUUUAAGUACCUUUUGAAUACAUCAAACUAGUUUUUAUGUUGCUGGUUUCGUCGAUCUAGGACCUCGAAACAAAAACGGCCGUUUUAACUUUGGACGCAUAGAUUGACGAAUCCAGAAGCAUAAAAACUAGUCUGAUGUAUUCAAAAGGUACUUAAAUACACAAUACAGUCCGUAGCGGCCCCCUUUUUUCAAUAUCUUUCGUUAAAUUGAAAUAAUCACGAUUAUUUAGCUGUGGCGCUAGUGUGCGCGUUGAAGGGCUCUUAAAGUUGUCCUUGGUGCUGUGGGCACGACUAUUGAAGACAACUUUAGGUGUUCUUGGCGUUCAAAAGGUUAAGCAAGUUCUCUUAGGCCCACUUGCACCGUCCGACUAACCCGGGGUUAAGCGGUUUAACCGUCAACCCAGUGUCAAAUUGUACUGGUAACCAUGGCGACUCCAGGUUUAACCGGUUAACCCCGGGUUACUGGAAUUGUGCAAGUGGGCCUUAAUCAUUUACCGCAAUCAUUGAAAUUCGGAAAAUGUCUAUCUUUGUAGAUUAUAUUGCUGCCCUCAUAUGUAAGAGCGGCCGAGAUGCUCAAAAAUAUGUGAACACGCACUAACUUUGGUAAUAGAGGCGUGUUCAGAUGUUUGUGAGCACUUUGGACGCACAGAUAUAUCCGGUGGCGUCUGUAAAUACUUUAAUACAAUGCAUUUUACCACUAAAAGUGGAAAAAAAUAGGUGUAAUAUUUUGAAGAAAUAAUAUAAUAACAAUCAGUGAUUAUAUUGGGAUACGGAAUUAGGUAAAAUGUUAUUGUAAAUAUUUAUAAUGUCUAUGUAAACUUAAUAUAAUAAUCACAGUACCAAAAUAAAAAUACAUUAUUU